AUGUCUUUCAGGGUUCUUGUAGCGGUGCUCGCUUUCUCCUGCGCAGUUUCUGCUCAGUUGAAUGUGGAGAACCAGGCGAGGGAGUUCUUGCGGGAGUUCGACGAGCAGGCUACUCAGCGUAUGUACACUUACUCGCUGGCGUCAUGGGCCUACAACACCAACAUCACUCAGGAGAACUCAGACAGACUGUCAGUAGAGGGGAAAAUUUGGGGCGAUUUCUACACCAACGUUUCAGAAGAGUCCUGGCGAUUCCCCAUCGAAGAGAUCAAGAAUCCAGAAAUCAAAUUACAGCUCAUCUCCCUACAGGACAAAGGCGCUGGUGCCCUAACACCAGAUAAAGCUGCACAUCUGAGUAAAGUCCUGAGUGAGAUGAGUACGAUCUACAGCACAGCGACAGUGUGUCUCAAAGACGAUCCCCUUAACUGCCAGACUUUGGAGCCAGGCCUGGAGCACGUAAUGUUCAACAGCAUAGACUACGCCGAGCGUCUGCAUGUGUGGGAGGGCUGGAGGAGAGAGGUGGGGAAGAAGAUGAGGCCUCUGUACGAAGACUAUGUGGAUCUGAAGAACGAAGCUGCAAAACUUAACGGUUUUGAAGACUAUGGAGCUUACUGGAGAUAUAACUAUGAGACCAUUGAGGAGAAAGCUCCGUUCAAGUACACCAGAGACGAGCUGAUGGAUGACGUCCGUUCUGUAUACAAAGAGAUCAUGCCCUUAUACAAGGAACUGCAUGCCUAUGUGAGAGACAGGCUUGAAAAGGUCUAUAAAGGACACAUUGAUCCAAAAGGACCUCUGCCAGCCCACCUGCUGGGUGACAUGUGGGGAAGAUUCUGGACCAACCUGUACCCUCUGACAACCCCUUACCCUAAUGAAGAAGAUAUUGAUGUCACCGACGCUAUGAAGGCACAGAAGUGGAAUGUGACGCGGCUUUUCAAAGAAGCAGAAGAGUUCUUCAUGUCGGUGGGUCUAUAUGAGAUGCUCCCAAACUUCUGGACUGAGUCCAUGUUCGAGAAGCCUAACGAUCGCAAGGCGGUCUGCCACCCCACAGCCUGGGACAUGGGGAACAGGGAGGACUUCAGGAUCAAAAUGUGCACCAAGGUCAACAUGGAAGACUUCCUCACGGUGCACCAUGAGAUGGGCCACAACCAGUACCAGAUGGCUUACCGUAACCUGAGCUACCUCCUGAGGGACGGCGCCAACGAGGGUUUCCACGAAGCUGUCGGAGAAAUCAUGUCCCUCUCUGCUGCAACACCCACACACAUGCAGAGCCUGGGACUCCUACCUCCUGACUUCAUCUAUAAUAAUGAAACGGAGAUCAACUUCCUGCUGAAACAGGCGCUCGCCAUCGUGGCCACGCUGCCGUUCACCUACAUGCUGGAGGAGUGGAGGUGGCAGGUGUUUGCUGGAAACAUCACCGAGGAUGUUUGGAUGAAGCGCUGGUGGGAGAUGAAGAGGGAGCUGGUGGGGGUAGUGGAGCCUGUGCCAAGAGACGAGACCUACUGUGACCCGCCUGCUCUGUUCCAUGUAUCUGGAGACUAUUCUUUCAUCAGGUACUUCACAAGAACCAUCUACCAGUUUCAGUUCCAAAAAGCGCUCUGUGAUGCGGCUGGUCACACCGGCGCCUUGUCUACAUGUGAUAUUACUAAUUCUACAGCAGCAGGAACGAAACUGAGGAAUAUGUUAGAACUGGGAAGGUCCCAGUCCUGGACCCGGGCUUUGCAAACAAUAUCUGGUGAUGUGAGGAUGGACGCUGGCCCUCUGUUGGACUAUUUCCAAAAACUCCACGACUGGCUGAAGGAAGAGAACCAGAAACAAAACAGUAAUGUCGGCUGGGAUCCAUCAAUCGAUUCAUAUUCCAUGAAUGCCAUUAAAGUGCGGAUAAGUUUGAAGGCUGCCAUGGGUGAUAACGCUUAUCACUGGAACUCCAACGAGCUGUACCUGUUGAAAGCCAGCAUCGCGUACGCUCUGAGGCAGUACUACAGCCAAAAGAACCAGACGCUUCACUUCACAGCGGAGAACGUCCUCGCAUAUAACAAGACUCCCAGGAUCUCCUAUGAGAUCAUGGUCACCCACCCAGACGCUCCCCUCAUAUACAUCCCAAAGCACGAUGUGGAGGCUGCCAUACGGUUAUGUCGAGGCCGUAUCAACGAUGCCUUCCAGUUGGAUGACAAGACGCUGGAGUUUGUUGGUAUCCCAGCAACCCUGGCUCCUCCGGUGGAGCAGCCGGUGGAGGUAUGGCUGGUGGUGUUCGGGGUGGUGAUGGGAAUCGUGGUGCUCGCAGGCGUCUACCUCGUCGUCUCCGGUAUCAGAGACCGCAAGAAGAAAAAAACAGAAAAGAAAGCCGUGGAGAAUCCCUACGACACAUCCAUUGAGGGACAAACUAACAAAGCGUUUGAUGAGAGUGAUGGUGAACAAACUGGAUUCUGAGUCAGCUGAAGAAAAGAUGGAAGGUGUCAUCGAACAUCAAAUAUCUCCUGAAAGUUAUUCAUGUUUUUUCGAGUCACCUUGUAGAAAGUAUACUUGAUUGCACUUAAUUGUAAUAUACUAAAGUGGGCUAGUUUUGAUGCUACACAUACGUUUCCUUGAUACUUUGAGAUGCAUUAGUUGUAAUUAAGUGUCUAAGUAUACUUUGUACUCUGUAACAAUAUUUACUUUUUAAUUUGUGUAUACUUUAAUUA